AACGAAAGAGUAGGGUGGUGCGCCUUUCAGGAACUGGGGGAACAGUCGCACACAGCGUAACUUCACAAAUUAUCAACUUGUAUUCGUGCCGUUGCUGGUCUCGCGACUCUCAUCCCGCUCGGAAUAACGUUUACUUCUCUCAUCUUCUUUUGGUUGUCCGCUGUUCUUUCGCUGGAGUACUUUUUCUUGUCUGGAGGAGGACUGCGAGGUUUUUCUGAGAGGACGGGAAGCAGCUUGAGUUAAACCCGGUUUGAAGGGCUGUGGCCAUGGCCGGGGGUGGUGGUGGGGGUGUUUCUCCGUUGGGGCCCGCACCGCCGAUGUGGUAUCACCGGGACCUGAGUCGAGCAGCGGCCGAGGAGUUGCUUGCCCGAGCUGGGAAAGAUGGCAGCUUUCUGGUUCGGGACAGUGAGAGUGUCAACGGAGCUUUCGCACUUUGUGUACUGUUUCAGAAGCACGUCCACACCUACAGGAUCCUACCAGACGAUGAGGGAUUUCUGGCAGUACAGACGUCUCAGGGUGUGCAACCUAAGCGGUUUAAGACUUUGCCGGAGUUGGUAUCUCUGUAUCUGCAGCCAAGUCAGGGUUUGGUCACCACAUUGCUUUACCCUGUGGACAGAGAGGAGACAGCUGUCACUGAUGACAGGGACUAUUCAGAUGGAGAGGAUGAGAAGCCCCCCCUCCCCCCUCGCUCUGCGUCAACCUCCACUCCUCCUGGACAAGACACACCCACAGAAAGCACACCUGCAGCUAAUGGCCUGAGCACCAUCUCCCACGAGUACCUGAAGGGCAGCUAUGCAUUGGACCUUGAGGCAGUCAAACAGGGAGCCUCCACCUUGCCUCAUCUCAACAAGACAUUAGUGGCCUCCUGCAAACGCCUUAAUGGGGAAGUGGAUAAGGUUUUGUCCGGUCUGGAGAUCCUGUCAAAGGUUUUUGAUCAGCAGAGUGCUUUCAUGGUCACCAAGAUGAUCCAACAGUCAGUGAAUCAGGGUGGAGACCAGGAGUUGGAGAACUUGGUGACCAAGUUGGCAAUUCUCAAAGACCUGCUGUCCUCAAUUGAGAAAAAGGCUCUGAAAGCUCUACAAGACAUGAGCUUGUCCUCUCCAUGCUCCCUACCUCCUCUCUCCAUGCGUCACAGCAAAGCCAUUCCUGUGCAGGCCUUUGAGGUGAAGCUUGAUGUUUAUCUAGCAGAGCUGACCAAGAUAGGGAAGAGUCAAAAGUACACCUUGUCAGUAGAUGUGGAGGGGGGCAGGCUGGUAGUGAUGAAGAAGGUGAAGGACAAUCAGGAGGACUGGACUGCCUUCACACAUGACAAAAUACGUCAGCUGAUCAAGUCUCAGCGGGUGCAGAAUAAAUUGGGCAUUGUGUUUGAGAAGGAGAAAGAUAAGAGCCAAAGGAAGGACUUCAUCUUUGCCAGUGCCAAGAAGCGAGAAGCGUUUUGUCAGCUGCUGCAGCUGAUGAAGAACAAACAUUCCAACCAGGAUGAGCCAGACAUGAUUUCCAUUUUUAUAGGAACCUGGAAUAUGGGCUCCGUACCUUCACCUAAAUCUGUGGCCUCGUGGGUUUUAUGUCGUGGCCUCGGGAAGACUCUGGAUGAGAUGACCGUCACCAUUCCUCAUGACUUGUAUGUGUUUGGAACCCAAGAGAACUCUGUUUGUGAUCGGGAGUGGGUGGAGUCUCUACGUGCCAUGUUGAAAGAACAGACAGAACUGGAUUACAAACCGAUCGCAGUGCAGACUCUGUGGAACAUAAAAAUAGCUGUGUUGGUGAAACCUGAACAUGAGAACAGGAUCAGCCACGUUGGGAUGUCCAGUGUCAAGACAGGCAUUGCCAACACUCUGGGUAACAAAGGAGCAGUGGGUGUGUCCUUCAUGUUUAAUGGGACAUCGUUUGGCUUUGUGAACUGUCACUUGACAUCAGGAAAUGAGAAGAUUGCCAGGAGGAACCAGAACUACCUUGAUAUCCUCCGGCUGCUGUCACUAGGCGAUAAACAACUGAGCUCCUUUGACAUUUCACUGCGUUUCACACACUUAUUUUGGCUGGGAGACCUCAACUACAGGCUGGAUAUGGAUAUACAGGAAAUUUUGAACUACAUUAACAGGAAGGAAUUUGAACCCUUGCUAAAAGUGGACCAGCUCAACCUGGAGCGAGAGAAGAAUAAAGUUUUUUUACGUUUUGCAGAGGAAGAGAUCUCAUUCCCACCCACUUACCGGUAUGAACGAGGCUCAAGAGACACAUACGUCUGGCAGAAGCAGAAAGCCACAGGGAUGAGAACUAAUGUUCCAUCCUGGUGUGACAGGACCCUGUGGAAGUCAUACCCAGAAACACACAUUGUCUGCAACUCCUAUGGCUGUACAGAUGAUAUAGUGACCAGUGAUCAUUCCCCUGUAUUUGCUACAUUUGAGGUUGGAGUGACCUCUCAGUUUGUCUCAAAAAAAGGUCUGCCAAAGUCUUCAGAGCAGGCCUACAUUGAGUUUGAAAGCAUUGAGGCCAUAGUGAAGACCGCGAGCAGGACCAAAUUUUUCAUUGAAUUCUACUCUACUUGUUUGGAAGAGUUUAAGAAGAGUUAUGAGAACGACAGUCAGAACAGCGACAACGUCAACUUCCUGCGUGUGGGCUGGUCAAACAAGCAGCUAACAACACUCAAACCUCUUCUCUCAGAGAUCGAGUAUCUGCAGGACCAACAUCUUCUACUAACAGUGAAAUCAGUGGAUGGAUACGAGUCCUAUGGAGAGUGUGUGUUGGCACUAAAGUCAAUGAUUGGUAGCACGGCACAGCAGUUCCAUACAUAUCUGUCCCACCGGGGCGAAGAAACAGGAAAUAUCCGGGGGUGCAUGAGGGUCAGAGUUCCUUCUGAAAGGAUGGGAACCAGGGAGCGACUGUAUGAGUGGAUCAGUGUGGACAAGGAUGACACAGGUGGACCUAAAGGGAAACCCACUAUGGUGUCCAGAGCGGGACAUGAGUAUGUGAAGCAAUCUGUGGUUCGUAAACAACUCGGAGAGCUGGGAAAGGUCAGUGAGGAGGGAGAACGGAGUGGCAAAGAGGAAACUGCUGCAAGACCCAAACAGGACACAACGGACGGUGAUUCGUCCAUCGGCAAGAACAGCUACAAUAAUCCUGCCUACUACAUCCUAGAGGGAGUUCCCAACCAAUCAGCUGCAGCUAUUUCUCCUGAGCUCCUCCCAUCUCCUACCUCCUCAAACCCCCAGGCAGCUAAAGCCCCCCCUCCCUCAGCCAGUGCUCGAACAAAGCCGCCGCCUGCAACCUCAGGGCCCCCUCACCCACGCAGACCCAUGGCAGGACACCCAGCCUGUGCCAUUAGUGAGGAGGUCUCCCCAGAAGGUGAUGGAGGUGCUUGUAUGACAGGUGCACAGGGAGGAGGUGUCACGGUAACAGUUGGAAGCACUCUAAAUCGACCCCCUCCUGACUUCCCUCCACCUCCUCUCCCUAAAGGGGCCCUGGAGAUGGUUUUGGAGGCCCCAUUCACUAAACCUCGCCCUCUUUACCCAGACCUGGCUGAGGUCAGGAUCCCACCAGCAGGUUCUGGUGGUCCACUUGCUCUUGGAGAGGGUUUUAGGCGAGGAGGAGUAGGAUCAGGGGCGUUGGACGAUCAGUCGUGUUCUGUGCUCCAAAUGGCAAAGACAUUGAGUGAGAGUGAGUUUCCUGGACAGCCUCCUCGUGCUCCUUCGGCCCCGCCCCCUCUUCGAGGGCAGCCAAUGGGUCUAGGUCUGGAUGCCUGUCGCACCUUUCCACCCAGAAACCCCAUCACAGAGAGUAUUGCAGAGGACAUGCCAGAGGAGGCACUUUGGGGCAGCAGCAGCUCAUCUUUGUCUGUGGGUGAAUCUUCAGUUGGAGAGUGGCUGCAAAGACUGGGCUUGGAAAGGUAUGAGCAGGGUCUUCUGCACAACGGCUGGGACGACCUGGAGUUCCUCAGUGACAUCACUGAGGAGGACCUGGAGGAGGCCGGCGUGCUCGAUCCCACUCACAAGCGAAUUUUGCUGGAGAGCCUCAUGCAGCAGCAACAGAAAUGAACUGGUCCUUGACUGGUCCAAAUCAGCCUGGAACCACAGCAGGUCCCAAGAGGCCAAAUUUCAGCUGAACUGAACCGAACCGAGCUGGACCGUGCCAACUGAUGCCAGAUUGUGCCUUUUGAGAGAAAUUGCACUCCAUUUGUACUUUCAAAAACACUUGCUGAACCAACGUCCUCCUUUAUUUGUACUGUAUGCGUGUUGUCAUUGUCAGAGAGUGUGGCCUUUUUAAUGAUAAUCAUUUCAAGCAUCACUACACACCUGGCUAUAAGUGCAGUGAAAACAUUUCUUCUCUUAUCAGAUGGAUUUAGAGCUGAUGUCUUGAUGUCCCUUCAGAUCUCCAGUAUGUUUUUUGUUUUGGGAGCAGAGGGACUAAGUUUAGGAUUCCUCUGAAUUUUGAGUUUAAAACAAAAUGGCAGAGGCUUAGUUUUAUGUUGAGAAGCUAGAGCCUUGCCAAAACAUACUGCCCGUGUUUAACCACCUUAGUUCAGGUUCUAUUGACACGGCGCUCUUGUAAGCCUCAGGUUCUUGCCCACUUAAACUGUGGGAAUCAUCAGAGAAUACUCGAGAAAUGUCAGACUGGAGAGCCCUUUAGUCUUUGAGGUGAAGGUAAACAGGAUGUGGUGAUGGGAAAGAAGCUAGUAAGCCAGUUUGAAGUGAGCUGAACUCGCUCUUCUCAAAUUGUGUACUUUUGUAAAGUCUGGGCCACUGUUUAUUAAAUGGUGGCCUGUUGUGAGACUGCAAGAAUUUAUAAUAUGUUACGUGUUUUGAUAAAGGGAAAAUUGAGCAAACCAAAUUAAUACUUUUAGAAUUGCAUAUUUCACCUUGGUGUAACCUUUACAUGACUGAAUGGGUUUGUUUUUUUUUUACAUGAUAUUUUGGCAUUUUUCUGGUGCUUGCGUAUUGUGAUAGGUUCAUUGUGUUAUUAGGUUUAAAUAUCUUAAAACAUUAAUGGACAAAUACUGAAUGUUUAUUCAUCUAAUUAGUAGACAAAGCAAACAAUUCAGAAAUGUAUGUGUGGGGAAAAAAAUGCUGCUCCAGGGUGAGAGACUAGUACGUUUCUCGUUUUCAUACACUGUCUGUGAGGACACUAAAUUUCAAUUUACUAAAAAUGUCGGUUACCCAGGUUUCUUGUGGUUCAAGUCCCAUUUUUACUCAUUUCAUUUUAAAUUCAGGGAAUUAGUUAGUGUAGCCGAAUGGAUUAACCAGUGGUUACCCUUUAUAUUGUCAAUUGACACCAGACAUGUUUUCUUGUAAUAUGAUGCGAAUUUUGUUAUUUUGUUUCAUAACUGUGGGGAUUGCUGCUUUUUGGGGUUAUAACAUAAUUUGCACACAUUAGACAAGAUAAGAGCAAAAGUCUGCGCCACACAUGCUGUGCCCAGAUUUAACCAGCAGGUGGUGCUCUUACUCCACAAACGCCCUCAGUAGAGGCUGCCUUUACUUUGGAUCACACUAACUUUUAUUAUUUUUUUUGUUUCUGGAGCUUAACAUGACAAGUUCUAAUAAGCAACACUAAAUGAAUGUGCGGAGUAUGAUCCAUUAAUUUAUGAAAAACAAAUUUCCCUUUCUUAAAGUUUUCUUUGUGACCCAAAUAUUUUCUUGAAUUCUACGAAAAUACAAAAUUAGAUUUAACUAUGUGCUUGUUACAUGUUGUGCAAUGUGUGUAGUCCCUAAACAACCAAAUAACCACAAUACAGAGAAUAUAGAUCUGUUUUUCAGAUGUGUUAAAUGUAAUGUCUUUUUUUUCCUUUUUUUAAGCCAAUUGGGCCUCUCAAUGUUCUUAUGUGUGUGUGUGUGUAAAAAGGAGACUAUUUUCUCUGACACUCCAUUUUGUCUUUAUGUAUUUGGUUGUUAAGUUAAUGUAAGUUGUUCACUUGUAUUUUUUUCAAGUAAAAUCUAAUAUCUUUCCUUA